AGUAGAUAGGCCAAAACCUCAUGGUGCCAGGACUCUAUCGUUCUUGCCCCUGACCGUCGUGACUUCCCACGGAAUUUGGCCUGUCUACAAGGACGCAAGCAGUGGUCCAAUCACCAACUCAAGAUUUGCCCGUCAGUCGGCAUCUAUCAAUACUUCCAUGGGGCUUGCUGGCGUGGAAAGAUGGGCAACAGUCGUCUAUCACACACCAGAGGUAUAGGUACAAUGUCCAUGAGUGUCGCUUGCCGGUUCGAACGACCCACGACCACCACCAUGGCUCAGUCGCAGAUAAGCCCGAGCACGGCUACAAAAAGAGCACGUCUCCCAUGAGACUCAGGUCGAACUCUUCAGGGUUCAAACCAUACAGGGAAGAGCAUUAUCUUGAUUCUUUUCUGAAAACCAUGGGCUCCGACAAAGAUACCAAGAUCGGUGCAACCGGUCCACGACUCGAAGAAACAACUGAAGUCGGCACGAUCCGUGAAUACAAGUCUCUUCAUGUCGACGGUAUUGAUCCUGUGUUCGAGAACCAGGCCCGGUUGGUCAAUCAUGCAGUUCAAGCAAUCGGAACGGGCAAGUACCAAUGGGCGUUGUUCGGCCUUUGUGGUUACGGAUGGCUUUGCGAUCAGCUCUGGCAAACCACGGUGUCUGAUGCCCUCGCUCAAGUCGCAGUCGAGUUCGCUCCAAAGCACUCGGCUUUCCUCUCGUUGGCUUUGAUCGCUGGGCUCGUCGUUGGCGCGUCAUUCUGGGGCCUUGGAUGCGAUUUGAUCGGACGUCGUCUUGCUUUCAACUUGAUAUUGUUGAUUGCGGGUGUCUUUGGCACUGCUGCUGGCGCCGCUCCGAAUUUCGUGUCAUGUGCUGUCCUGGUCUCCUUUUGUGGCUUUGGAGUCGGAGGCAACUUGCCCGUCGACAGUGCCGUCUUCUUGGAGUUCCUGCCCGGCACGCACCAAUUUCUCCUAGAAAUCCUAGCAGUCUGGUGGUCGAUUGGGCAAAUCAUUCCAGCUCGCGCCGCCUGGGGUUUCCUUCCUCACUAUUCCUGCAGUGCAGACACUCCACCGGGUCAAUGCAGAAAAGCCGACAACAUGGGUUGGCGCUACCUCAUGUACCCCAUGGGCGCGAUCACUCUUGUUGCCUUCUUCGCGCGUUUCUUCUUGUUCCACCUCCAGGAGAGCCCACGAUACCUUACCGGUCAAGGCCGCUAUCAAGAAGCCAUCGAUGUCUUGAACGAGGUCGCCAAAUACAACGGUACGACACAACCCUUGACAGUCGCAGACCUUGGACAAGUCGAACGGGAUUUUGCCGAGAGUCACGGCAUUGCACCGGUCAACAAGAAAACCGCCAUAAAACGAACAUUUGCCCAAUUUCGUCCUGGAGGCUUCAAGCAUGUUCGUGCCCUCUUCUCUACCAAAAAGCUGGCCUUCAGCACCUCCUUGAUCCUCCUCGUAUGGAGCUGCAUCGGGUUAGCGCCCCCCUUGUAUUCCAACUUUUUACCAGAGUAUCUUGCCCUCCAUGGGGCCCAGAGUGGUUCGAGCAGCAUCAACAUCACCUACCGCAACAACUUCAUCAUCGUUGCGUGCAGCAUUCCAGGUUCAUUGGCCUGCCAUAUAUCGGCAGACGAGGCACGCUAAGUCUGUCGCUGAUCUUGACCUCGAUCUUUCUGUUCGCCUUUACCACAGCACGCAUCCAAGCUCAGAUCCUGGCGUUCAACUGCAUUUCCAGCUUUGUCCAAUAUAUCAUGUGGGGAGCCCUGUAUUGCUAUACGCCCGAGGUUAUUCCCAGCAUCCACCGCGGUACAGGUACGGGUAUGGCGGCUGCGUGCAAUCGCAUAUGUGGCCUGAUGGCGCCGAUCAUUGCCACGUAUGUUGGGUACACCAAUACGCCGAUUUCCGUGUCCGCGAGUCUGUACAUUGUGGCUGGACUGUUGAGCUUUGCCUUUCCAUAUGAGACAAGCGGGAAGGCAAGUUUGUGAGUGGGUGAUGAUAAAAGACGGGGUGGAAAUGAUGAGGGGGAACAGCCCAGGCAGGCUACCGGAAGAGGAAAAGCCCCCAUACUUGUCCUGCAUAUUCUCGUGGGCUGGGGUUGUUGUAGUUGCAUACCGUCUCUUGGACCUUACCAGGAUAUAUCGAUGACGGUUUGAGACACGUCAGAUUCCUGUUGUCCUCUCGAUACCGGCUCGAGACUAUUUUUCUCUACCUAGAAGGCCAGCUCGGUCACUUUCGAUGCUACUUGAUCUCCUUCUUGCUGACGAUCCCGCGAUUUCCACACUGUUUCU